UGUCGCCUCUAUAUUCAGGGAUAAAAUAAAAAUUAGGCGUCGCCUCUGAACAGAGAUUAGGCAAGAUGUCCGAAAUGUGUGGUACUCACUGUGAUGAGGUUAUGGUAUUCUAGGCAGUGACGGCGUGUAAUGUAGUAGGUGGCUGCCAACAUUUGAAUGUUUGACUUUUUCAAUCAUGUACCGCCAUAUGCGCUAGUUAGAUGUCCCAAAUAUUAAAAUUCACUUAUUAAUACACUCGGUAGAUUAUGUAGCACAGUGAUUCUAUUUUGGUUAUUAGACGUGAAAGCAGAAUUGUCUAACCCAUUUUCCACUUACAUCUGUUCGCCUUGGUCGUGCCAAAGAGUCCGUCCGUCCGUUUCCGAGGCUUGGUAUAAUUUUUCGUAACAAGACAGUUUCUUACCCAAGCUGGAGGGCCACCCCUCGUCGGCUGUCCGCGACUGCUUAUUCGAUAUAUUCGCAGCUAACCUGGAUAAGUGGAGGCUGUUCCUCCAUCCGCAACCUGAGGACGCUCCUUGCCGUGGUGACAGAAACCCACCAAACAUGGUUUGCGUGCACUUUAUUAGAAUUAUACUCUGCCUUCUUCAGUAGCAUUAGAAACGAGGUUCCUGGUUUUAUUCAGUAAACAGUAGGUUCAAGGUUUCUUUAUUUAAGAACCUCCUUCAUAUCUACCAUUUUCCAAAUCACCAAAGAUCAAUGUAUACGGUUCGUGAAACAAUAUUUUUGCAAGUUGUUGUGUGUGGGUGUGCACUAGGGUAGAAGGCUGUAACUUGUUCUUUUUGGUUUUGAUGCCGAGAAGGGAGGCGCCAAGGUUUCGAAGCAAAGCAGCAUUGAUCACCCUCGCAGGUUGCAACAUAAGCGGUCCCAAUACUUUCUGGCCUCGCAGACAGCGUUUUUCCUUGAUACUGUUAGUUCUGGGGGCGUGUCUAACAAAUCAGCUGUUGAGUGUGUCAGAUCAGCAGAUAACGCUCUUUUUUUUAGAGCAGACGUGGAGCUGUGCGAUUUUAUAGGCUACCACGCUGUAGUGAUUAUCUACGGAUGCUGUGCGAAGGGAAGUUGAAGAUGGGCAAGAAUGUGUUCAUGACUAUUUUAAGGGUUGUUUUCGUGUUGCCGGUUGUCAACGCUGCCAGACCACACAUCAUUUUCAUUCUCGCUGACGAUAUGGGCUGGAACGACUUUAGUUUCCACGGUUCAGACGAGAUCCAGACGCCAAACAUCGACGCACUGGCUUACAGCGGCGUCAUCCUGAACCAGCACUACACGCAGCCCAUCUGCACCCCAACCAGAUCCGCGCUGAUGACCGGCAGAUAUCCGUCCAAUAUUGGGAUGCAGGGCUCGCCGUUGAGUGCAGGCGAACCCCGGGCUCUGCCUCGGGGCAAAAUCCUGCCUCAGUACUUCAAAGACCUGGGCUACACGACUCGGAUAGUCGGAAAGUGGCACCUUGGUUACUACAAGAAGGAGUUCACGCCCACACAUCGUGGGUUCGACUCCUUUCUCGGGUAUUUAAACGGAUUUACAAGCUACUAUGAUCACAUCAACCAAGAAAGUGCUUCUGGCGUCGUAAUGGAGGGUCUGGAUUUCCGCCGGAACUCGUCAGCCGCGUGGGAUCUCUCUGGCCGGUACGCCACAGACAUAUUCACGGAAGAGGCGGCACGGAUUAUCCGGGAGCACAACCCCUCCAUCCCCCUGUUCCUGUACUUGGCCCACCUUGCGAGCCACGCAGGCAACGCAGGGAAGUUGCUGGAGGCACCCCAGGAAUCCGUUGACAUGUUCAGCCACAUCGUGGAACCGAACCGGAGGACAUACGCCGCGAUGGUUUCGAAGCUCGACGAGUCAGUGGGCAGAAUUGUGGGGGCGCUGUGGACCAAAGGGAUGCUGGAGAAUUCCAUUAUAGUCUUCACGUCAGACAACGGAGCGCCGUCGGUGGAUGUGGUCGGGUACCAGAACUGGGGGUCGAAUUACCCUCUGAGAGGGCUGAAGACGACGCAGUGGGAGGGCGGCAUUAGAACCCCGGCCGUGGUCUGGAGCCCCGUCUUGGGGCGCCGAGUGUCUGAUCAGCUGAUGCACGUCACUGACUGGUUGCCCACGCUCAUCUCAGCAGCCGGGGGGACUCUGCAAGGCGUUCCUCUAGAUGGAGUGGACCAGUGGAGCGCCCUGCUGGAAGAUACGGUUUCGCCGAGAACUGAGGUGCUUCUUCAGUACGACGAGGUGAAGGGCUUGUACGCGGCGAGGAGGGAAGACUGGAAGAUAACAAAUGGUUCGAACUAUGGUGGUGAAGCAGAUGAUUACUAUGGCCACAGCGGGACAGACUUCGCUAAUCCACCCUACAACCUAACAGCUGUGGCGCACAGCGUUGCCGGGGAAGCAAUAGCUAGCCUCCUACCCUCUGCCAUCCCCGACGAGGAAGAAAUGCUGCUAAUGAGGGCUGAAUCUACCGUGACCUGCGCACUACAAGCCGAUCGAACGCCUUGUAAGCCGUCGACAACCCCCAACCCUUGCCUCUUUGACGUGGCUGUGGACCCUUGUGAGACGAAUAAUUUAGCUCUUAGACACCCGGAAGUGCUGCAGGAGAUGCUGGAUUUGGUGUCUAAAUAUAAAGCUACUUUGAUUCAUCAACUGAACAAGCCUGUAGAUGUGAACGGUUCAGACCCGAGGAAAUUCAACAAUACGUGGAGUCCGUGGGUUGAUUCAUAAGACUCCAACAUUUGAAUUAAGCUUCCUUCAGCCUGUAACCACUUGCCAGGUAAUGAUAUGACUUGGGACCUGAAAAUAAUAUAUUCUUUGUAAUUUAAUAAAAUAUUCGUUAAUUCUGUUGAAUA